AUGGUAGAAAACUGUAAAGGACAUAAACAGGUAUUCAGAUUCUGUAAAUCCAAGUGUCAUAAAAACUUUAAAAAGAAGCGGAAUCCUCGCAAGGUCAGGUGGACUAAAGCAUUCCGUAAAGCAGCUGGUAAAGAGCUUACAGUGGAUAAUUCAUUUGAAUUUGAAAAACGUAGAAAUGAACCUGUCAAAUACCAGCGAGAGUUAUGGAAUAAAACUAUUGAUGCAAUGAAGAGAGUUGAAGAGAUCAAACAGAAGCGCCAAGCUAAAUUUAUAAUGAACAGAUUAAAGAAAAAUAAAGAAUUACAGAAAGUUCAGGACAUCAAAGAAGUCAAGCAAAACAUUCAUCUUAUCCGGGCCCCUCUUGCAGGCAAAGGAAAGCAGCUGGAAGAAAAAAUGGUGCAGAAAUUACAACAGGAUGUGGACAUGGAAGAUAUUUCUUAAAAAUCUCACUAACUUUCUAUAAGUGUAUUUGAAAAUCUCUUUAGGAGACUAAGAACUUCUGAAUUAUCAAUUUAUAUCUUAAGUAAGGUCACUCAAAUGAAAGGUAAUUAAAAAUGCAUCUCUCCUACAUUGCUGUCUGUAAAACAUCAGAUAUUAUGGAUGUUAGAUUGCAUCUCCAUUGUUAAAUCUUCACUGAGAGUUUACAUUUAUGUAAGUUGUGCAAAUUCUCUUUGUAAAUACAGAGUGAAGUGUGGACAUAAACAGUGAUCCUGCCAUUUGGAUAGUGGCACUAGGCAGAUUUAUGUGUGAACUAAUGACAAAAAUUCAUGGCUGGCAAUAUGUACAAUACAUUUUCUUUGCAGUAAAAUAUUCCCUGUAUUAAUAAUACAGAAAGGGGGCUUACAACAAGGAACUAAAUCUGUAUGAUAAUUAGUUGCAAGUAAUCUUUUAAUUUGUUUUGAUUUCUUAGCAUCUUUGAAGAGCAUAUUGGCCUCACAUAUUGAAACCUAAUUAUGUUAUACUGUUUUCACCUACUUUAACUGUUUUGAUAGGCAGCUCUUAAUGUUGGGGGUGAGAGCUGAAUAGUGUGCUCCUGAAAUGGCACCAUAUACUUUAUACUUUGGAGAAUACUUAAUUCUGAGAUUCCUGAUAGAACCAGAUAUAUUUUUCCAGCAUAGCAAUGAUUUAGAAGCAAAGGAAUCGCAGUGCCUUUUAAAAUAGGUUGUGUGGUUUUCUUUUAUGAAGCUCCUAAUUGUUUUUGGAUAAUAAAAUUUAUGGUUUUAGCAUCACA